GGGCCCCUCGGGGCGGGCCAGGCUGGCGGUGACCCCGGCGUUCCUACUCCCGGGGCCUCAGACCUCUCGGGAUAGCGCGGCGCAGCGCAGAUUGAAAAUCAAGAAAUACAAACCAGAUGCAGCAGUUUCUUGACAUGGAGAACAAUAAUACAAUGGGAGCUUCUCCUUGUGAGGCUGAGCUUCAGGAGUUAAUGGAACAGAUUGACAUCAUGGUAAGCAACAAGAAAUUGGAUUGGGAAAGGAAGAUGCGAGCUCUGGAGACACGAUUAGAUCUUCGGGAUCAAGAGUUGGCAAAUGCACAAACUUGUUUGGAUCAGAAAGGUCAAGAGGUGGGGAUACUUAGACAGAAGUUGGACAGUUUGGAAAAAUGUAACUUAGCAAUGACUCAGAAUUACGAAGGACAACUACAAACCCUGAAAGCUCAAUUUUCCAAACUGACUAGUAGCUUUGAAAAACUGAGAUUACACCAGAUGAAACAAAAUAAAUUUCGACGAAAAGAAGUGUCACACCUCAGAGAAGAAGUACCCUUUGAACUGAGCAAUUUGAACCAGAAAUUAGAGAAACAGGCACAAAGUUACCAAACUCAACUAAAUGGUAAAAAACAGGGCAUAGAAGACAGUGGCUCUGAAAUUCCUCGGUUGAUAUGCGGACCAGAUCCCAGUUGUGAAACCAGUGAAAGAGAUGAAUUCAUUAUUGAAAAAUUAAAAUCAGCUGUGAGUGAAAUAGCAUUAAGCAGGAAUAAGUUACAAGAUGAAAAUCAGAAACUCUUACAAGAACUGAAAAUAUACCAAAGACAGUGCCAGGCCAUGGAAGCAGGACUCUCAGAGGUGAAAAGUGAGUUACAGUCACGUGAUGAUCUCCUGCGAAUCAUAGAAAUGGAACGAUUGCAGUUGCACAGAGAAUUAUUAAAAAUAGGAGAGAGCCAAAGUGUUCAAGAAAAUAAAAAAAGACUUGAAUCAUCUUAUUCACCUUCUAUUAAAGAACCAGAAAAAAAAAGGAAAGAGCUGUUUUUAGUGACCUCAGAUCAGCCAAAUCAUGAAAAAGAAUUGAACAAGAUGAGAAGCCAGCUCUAUCAGGACGAAGAGUACCAUAGCUCUGAGCAGGAAAGAAUGAGGAGUGAAAUCUCCGACCUAACAGAGGAGCUUCAUCAGAAGGAGAUCACUAUAGCAACUAUCAUGAAGAAAGCUGCCCUUCUGGAAAGACAGUUGAAAUUGGAGUUAGAAAUAAAAGAGAAAAUGUUAGCGAAACAACAGUUCUCAGAUAUGAGAUAUAAAGCUGUCAGAAGUGAAAACACACACCUGAAAGGAAUGAUGGGAGAUUUAGACCCUGGACAGUACAUGAGUAUGGACUUCACUAACAGGGAACAGUCAAGGCAUACAUCUAUUAACAAACUGGAAUAUGAGAACGAAAGGCUCCGAAGUGAUCUUGCAAAACUUCAUGCCAAUGAAAAAUCAGCAUGGGCUAGUCAAAAUACCUAUGAAGGAACAGGAAGAUUCAGCCAUGAUCGUGAGCCAAACAGAAGCGCCACGCCUCCCUUGCCAGCUUUGCCAUUUCAUACCAAAGAAAUGACAAGUCCUUUGGUUAGUGAUGAUGAAGUAUUCCCCAUGUCUCCCCCAGAUAUAUCCUUCCCAGCUUCUCUGGCUGCACAGCAUUUCCUUCUGGAGGAGGAGAAGCGAGCAAAAGAAUUGGAAAGACUCCUAAAUACACAUAUUGAUGAACUGCAAAGACACACAGAAUUUACGCUUAAUAAAUACACCAAGCUAAAACAAAAUAGACACAUAUGAGCUUUUAAACUUUUUUAUUUGCUUCUCUUACCCCAAGAAAAAAAAGCUCUGGCAAAAUAUUUACCAAGCUGAUUAAUGAAACUGAGAAAUUUUGUUCUGUUUUCUUGAGUAAAUUAUUUCUGUAAGGCAGCUAGAAAAUAGUAAGUAUUUUGUUCGAUAAAGCUGUUUGUAUUUCUGCGUUAACAUAAUAAAUUGUUCAGCCACAGAGUUACUGUAAAAUAAACAUGACUGCACCAAAAGAGAUUUUUUUCUCCAGUCUAAGGAAUAGUUUGGAAUUAAAUACGCAGUUUUUUCCCACAUGAAUCAUGUUUACUGAAACAACCCAUUUAUUCUGUAACAACACGAGAUGAGGGAAGGGGACUCACUGUUCCAACUCUACACGGAUUAAGGGCAGCUCUGAUGUACUAGGUUUGAAAACUCAGGGAUUUUUAAAGAUGAAAAAUAUGAAGUACUUUAAGCUAUGUAAUAUCCUAAAAUUUCUUUUAGAAGAAAAAAAGACACAGCUUUACAGUUUCUGCAGUCAUCUUUGUAAUGGCUCUCUGUUUUAACACAAAAGACACGGCGUGUGCUGUUCACACACUUAAAACAUGUGCCAAAGAUUAAUGCUCUCCUGUUAGCACUGAUUCCUUCCUGGACAGAAACAAGAUAAAGACAAUACGAAGCAUUAGUGUCGUUACCUCCUCCUCUGUAACACCUCUGUUCUAAACACAAUUAAGGAAGGAGAAGUUCUUUGGACUGAAAACAUAAA